GGCGGCCCCGCGGGGCGGGCAGGAAGCGGCGCCGCGCCCGGGGCCGCGUCCCGCCAUGGGGGUGACGGUGGAGGUGCACCGCGUGUACCGGUACCCCUUCGAGCAGGUGGUGGCCAGCUACCUCCGCAAGGUGCAGUCUGAGAUGCAGGAAAUGCGUUGGCUGCAGUCUGCGAAGGGUUUGGCGAAGGCAAGGCGUGAAGGUUGUACCGGAGCAAGGAGAGGGAUGAGAUUUGCUCCUGUGUCAAUAUCCCAGUCCCAUGGAGAAACAUGUCACGGCUGUAGAAACAGUGGAAGAGAAAACAGAUUUGUCUACAGGGAUUAUUUACCGGAGGAGAAUUGCAACGUGCCAGAAUGUAGUUCCUGAAAUUUUGAGAAAGGUCAGUGUCUUAAAAGUGCCCCACAUCUACUUGGAAGAGGAAUCUUGGCUUAAUAUGCAGAAAAGAAACAUGGCUAUGAAAACUCGUUGCCUCACGUGGACACAGUAUGCGUCUCUGAGUGAGGAGUCUGUCUUCAGAGAGAGCUUGGAGAAUCCGAACUGGACAGACUUCACACAAAAAGGCAGAAUAUCAGUUACGGGGGCGGGUUUGCUCAACUGUGUGCUGGAAGCUUUCGCUCAAUCGUUUUUAAAACAAGGUGUGAAGAAGGGUAUUAAAAUAAUGGAGACACUUCUUCAGGAGCAGUGUGGGUGAUUGUACUCUUAAUGAGCAGCUGAGAAAAUGCAUUUGUGUUGAGUUUCCUUGGAACCGUGUAUCUUCAUUGCCAUCGGGAUGCCAUGGCUGUUGACUGAACUUUACUGGUACCAUUUUAACCGAAGAACGAGCAUUUUAUAUGCACAGCUGGGAAAAAAGAUGACCGCAGACUGCAGAUCUGUUACAAAAGAUUAAGGAAUCAUACUACUUCAGGGAAUGUUGAUCAUGAAAAUCACAGGGGAACAAGUGCAAGCUUGGAAGCAGCAUCUUCUUGUGAAUUGGUGCUAUAAUCUCUAGAGACUGAGAGUUUGGUAAGGGAACAUGGGAACAUAGAGCAACAAACCAAAAAUAGCCCUCGUUGCUAUGAAGACACCCUUGUCUAACCGUGUCUUACCAAGGGAGGUGCAAGCACGCCCCGUGCGCUGUUUAUUUCACAGCUUAAUCCUGUGGGGUAGGGGCUUCAUUCUGCAGAGAUGGAGCUGAGCUGUAGCAGCGGAGCAGGGUUGCUGGUUCCCGCUUGAGUCACUCGUUACUGCAGUUCUGAUUGCUGUGUUGGAGAUAUUUGGUUAUUAUACCCCUGCCGGCACGAUUAUUUUCAGCUGUAAAGAUAUGCCUCAAUACAAGUUUUGCAUAUAUUUGAA